AUGAACAAGGACAAUCCAACACCCAACAGCACUUCAGAAAACAAUGUGCAUGGCCACACGAGUUUUUCAACCCUCUCCACUCCUCCUCAACCAUCCAUCCGUACUAUUGAUUUUCAAAACAACAAUUCAUCGUCAACCACCAACUCUAGUGAUUACAACAGCAACAACUCGAAUAACAAUCAUCAAAGUGGAGAGGUGAUCGAGGUUGUCUCAACACAACGGGAACCACUCACAUCCUCACUCCAAGAAGAACGCAUCCAUUCACAUACAGCAGAAGAUGUGCAUUUCUUCCCACCAACAGGCACAACAUUGCAAUUUUCUCAUCCAAUUCUUGUGAAAAGUGCAUCACAUGAUAACAUUCUCCAUGGUGAUGAUGGUAACUCUCACUUGGGUAAGAGAAGUUUGUUAAUCUUGCCAAAAAAACGCUCAAAGGAGGAUUUUAUGUCUCAAUCGAAAAAUCAGGCAAGGGAUGUGAUCGUCACGACAGACAAUGAUGGAAUGCAUUUUCCGAUAGGAAUCAAUACUGACAGUACAGCAACGCAAUCACAACCUAUGAAAAAGAAUAAGGGAGCUCAACCUUCUUUAUCCUUGCAGAUGAGCAUUCCAAGCACUCAUCUAUUUCAUUUAGCAGAUGAGCUGAUUUCAUCAAUAUUUCACUUUUUCAACACAUUUGAAAUUGUGUCAAUUGUGCAACUUGUUUGCAAAAGGUUUUUUCGAAUUGUCAAUCAAGAUAGCAGCCAGUUAUGGGCUGUUAUUGGAUUUGAAAUGCCAUUACAUUCACAAAUUGCUCUCACCGAUGAGAGUUUCAACAACCUCUUGAUCAAAAAAAGAAAACCACAAGUGUGGAAAAAGGUUGUCUUUUUCAAACAAAAUUUUUUGACCAAAACCUUCUUUGAAAAUCUGUUCAAGACAUGCAUUGCAUUGGAGAAUGUGGUCAUUAGAGACUGUCGCCAGUUUCAUGAUUCAUCAAUUUCUAUUCUUCUCAACAAGGCACCAUUGUUGAAACAAUUAGAAGUACAGUCCUGUUCUUCCAUUUCAGCAUCUUCAUUCGCAACGGGCUUUAGAACUUCUUUGACAAGAGACUCAACCAACCAGUUUUCGUGGGCACUACAAAAUAAGAAACCACUUUUAUUGACUCGCCUUUGUUUAUCCAAUUUCCAAUCUUCGGCUGCACUUUUACAAUUAAUUGCUGAAAAUUACAUGCCACAUCUGAGAGAGUUAAAAAUUGCUAGACCACCUGCCAGCUCUAUUAACUUGAGCCAUAUGAGCUCCAUUACCAACAAAUUAGCUGAGCUAGAAUAUUUGGAUAUUGCUUUCCCUCUAUUUGCCCAUGAUUUCACACAAACCAAUCGUCACGAUAGCAAUAACUCAGCACUCAUUGUCGAUAAUUUGGUUCAAUCACUACUCGUCAAAAAGGUGCCAUUACUUCGUCUUUCUUUGGAGGGAGUUGCAUGUUCCAUCAAAACGUUCAUUAAUAUCUUUUCGUAUGGAUUUGCCUUGCGACACUUGGCAAUUGAUUUAUACACAACGCCUCCCAAGAAUGAGAAGGAACAUCAUGCACUGGCACAACAAGAAGAAUAUUUUCGACCUUUGAAUCGACUACAAACUUUAAGACUUCAUGUUGAUGACAAGUAUAGACUUUAUUCAGACAAUAACCAUCUAAUUGUCAAGUAUUGUUUAUCAGGUUCAGAUUUGACAGUUAUUGAGUUGUGUAAGAUAAGUCUUACAGAUUGUUCUUCUCUUCUCCAUAGUUUUAACUCACCUAAACCGAAUCUAACAGUACUUAAGCUCGUUGGAACAUUUAUUCCAUCUAGUACAUUGUUGCAAGUUCUAAAACAAUGCCCUCACUUGGUACAAUUAGUGGUUUCAAACAAGUCUCAUGAGUUUUUAAUGCUAGAUCGAAGUGGAGUCGAUGAUGAUGAAGAGGAAACUCCUCCUUACAUGGGUGACACUGAAACUUCUAAUUUGAGCGCUCAUUCUUCAAAUGUUUCGAGUAAUUCUGGAAGUGCAUCGAAUAUUUUGAAUGCCAGAUCUGGAACCGAUCUUACAGAUGAUGAAUUGCAGCAAAUUGUUACCUAUUGUCCCAAGUUAGAGUACAUGUCGUUGAAGAGUGAUAAUUUGUCUGGCUCAUUUGUGCUUCACCUUCAAAACGCUCCACUUCUUUAUUACCUAACAAUUACUUCAAGAACAUUGAAAUUUUUUGAAUUGGAUAUAUCAGCGAUUAGAUUACCUCUUGUGCGAAGUUUAAUUGUUCGGAGCAAAACAAUCACUGAUGAAGAUGUUAAGGUAAUAUGUUGUAUCUUUAGCUGUUUAACUGCGUUCUCAUUAGAUAGCAUUCAAGUCUCGAGCAUGUUGUUUUAUCAUGUAGCCAAGUUUGGACGUACACUUGUCACUCUAAAUAUUUACUCACCACUUGUACUCACCGUGCCUCAUGUUCUUUUAAGAAAUCAAAGUUCAAGUUUGAGAAAUAUUUACAUUCAUCGUUGGAAAGAAUUACCUUUGAGGAUGUAUCACAUGCUACAGCUCGCAUUUCCCAAAUAUCAACACAAGAGAAACAUUUUCAUCUCAAAUAAUGAAUCACUUAGCAUCAUGGAACAACAAGCAAUUAUGAAGUUCAUUGAAAGUGUCAUUGAUGAAACAUUUAGUGAGGAAAGGAAAAGUGUCAUCAUGACCGAUAGCAAAUUGCUGGACAAAAUUUACGACAUUGCUUCAAAAAUUUUGUCACUCAAGAUUAUCCUCGAAAACGCCAUAGAAUUUGAAGAUGACACUCAAAAGAUGAAUCUCAUUAACGAGCUCAAAGCACCGUUCAAUUUUCUAAGCACACUUUUUGAGAGUUUCAAUGAUGUUCAUGAAGAUCAUUCCUAUCACGAACGUUUGCAGAAUUUUCUUCGUAGCUUUUUGGAAUUACCUUUCAAAGAAAUUGAGGAACAAAUCAAAUUCACCUUCAACACCAAAUAA